GCCCCCCACCCCCACCCCGCCUGGCCCGAGGGACACUAGGUUGUGGCGUUUGUCCAGCUGCUCCCUCAGGGGAGCGAGGCCAUGGGGCCUAUAGGCUUAGCCUCUGACCCUGGGGACGCUCAGCCCAGGCCUGCCCCAGCACCAAUAGUCAAGGGGCAGCAAAUUUUUAACUAGACACACUGAUCAUUAACAGGGUAGGAAGGAGUUCAAACUCAGCCUCACUCAGGGGCAGAGACCAGCUGGGCCUUGGGCCUCUUGCAGAGAUGUUGGGCCGUGGAGUCUGGUCCUCCGUGAGGCAGGGGCUGAGCAGGCGCUUGUCCAGGAAUGUGGGGGGCUGGGCGUCAGGGGAGGGGAGGAAGGUGGACAUUGCAGGCAUCUACCCCCCUGUGACCACCCCCUUCACUGCCACGGCAGAGGUGGACUAUGGGAAACUGGAGGAGAACCUGCACAAACUGGGUACCUUCCCCUUCCGAGCCACGCAAGCCACUGUGGAGAUGACUGUGAGCAUGGCCCAGGUUGGGGCAGACGCCGCCAUCGUGGUGACCCCUUGCUACUAUCGUGGCCGCAUGAGCAGUGCUGCCCUCAUUCACCACUACACCAAGGUCGCUGACCUUUCCCCAGUCCCUGUGGUGCUCUACAGCGUCCCAGCCAACACGGGGCUAGCCCUGCCCGUGGAUGCAGUGGUCACGCUCUCCCAGCACCCGAACAUCGUGGGCAUCAAGGACAGUGGCGGUGACGUGACCAGGAUGGGGCUGAUGGUUCACAAGACCCGGAGGCAGGAUUUCCAGGUGUUGGCUGGAUCGGCUGGCUUCCUGCUGGCCAGCUACGCCGUGGGAGCUGUGGGGGGCGUGUGUGCCCUGGCCAAUGUCCUGGGGGCCCAGGUGUGCCAGCUGGAGCGACUCUGCCUCACGGGGCAAUGGGAAGAUGCCCAGAAACUGCAGCACCGCCUCAUUGAGCCAAACACUGCGGUGACCCGGCGCUUUGGGAUCCCCGGGCUGAAGAAGACCAUGGACUGGUUUGGCUACUAUGGAGGCCCCUGCCGAGCCCCCUUGCAGGAGCUUAGCCCCACAGACGAGGAGGCGCUGCGUAUGGAUUUCAGCAGUAAUGGCUGGCUCUGAGGGCAAGGAGAGGACCCGAGCCCAUCUCAGCUUCCUGCCUUGUGCCUGCAGCUGAAGAGGCACAUGUGGGUACGAGCCUUCAAAGCCUGUUUCCCUACUUGAGUCCUCUAGGUGGCCUCUUCCAGGCUCUGCCAUGCAUCCUCAUUUCCUAGUCUCACAGUCCCAUGACUGCUGGCAUUUGUACCCUAAACUCUGCUCUCUAGAGACCCUCAGUCUGGGAAGGAGCAAUUGCUUGUCCUUCUACUGUGCCUUCCUGUGCCCUGGGACGUGACCAGGAGCCAGAGGGCAAGAGCAGGGGCGUACUGGGCACAAGUAACAUCAUGUAUUUUACUGAUGGGACGGCUGCUUAGACUUGGCUGGACACACCAGAGCCCAGCACAGUGCAGCGGGGAGCCAGAGCUAUUCUUAAGAACCUGACUCCUUCCAGGGAAAGUGGUGGGUUCGGAAACCUAAUCAGAAGUGUCACUGGCCUUUGAAAGGCCCCCAAGCUGCAUUCCAGACACAGUGCCCUUUCCUAAAUCCAUUUUGAUCCUCUCAUAUUCUCAUCUCUUGCGUUGAUCUCAACCGUAGAGAGCACGAGCUGACCCAGGGGCUUGCCAGAGUUGGUAAAUAAUGACCCCUGGUGGAUAAAUGUUACAUUCUAGGAGACUUCUAGCCAACCUAGGUCUGAAACAUUAGGGAAGGAGACUUGGUCUAAGACCUGGCCAUCCUCUUGCCUUAGGCACUGUGCUUUCAUUGUUAAAAAUAAUACUUUGUUCUUGCAAUAAAGUUGAAUAAGUGAAAACGGUGUGGCCAUGUACAAAUU